AUGUCGAGCAGUAAGACACGCACGACUCAACUUCCCACAAUCGACCUGGGAUACGUCGUGCAACGAGCCACCGUGUUCAACGAAACAGGCCAAUACUACAACUUCUCCAACAUUCGCUAUGCCCAACCUCCAACGGGCGAUCUAAGAUUUCGCGCUCCCCAACCUCCAUUGAAGGACCGAUCUGUCAUUCGGACUGGCGAAAUUGGACGAAUAUGUCCUCAAGCUAGCCCUGCUUGGCUCCUGCUUGCCUCAGAAUUCAUUCCUCAAUACUUGCAGGGCAAGACAAAUUUCAGCCCUUCAGAUUUCAAUACGAGCAGUUCUGGGAGUGGUGCACUGCCAGCACAAGAUCCCAGAACAACAGAAGAUUGCUUGUUCCUCGAUGUUCACGUGCCCAAGAACAUAUUUGACAAGAGAAAUGAAAACAAGAACGAGGGUGCUCCUGUCUUGGUGUGGAUAUACGGAGGUGGAUACACUGGUGGAGAUAAAGGCAGUACUGGUAAUCCUGCUGGAUUGAUUGCGAGAAGCCAGGAUAAUGGCAACUCGGGCAUCAUUUAUGUUGCUUUGAACUACAGACUUGGCGCUUUCGGUUGGCUUUCAGGCCCUACGUUUCAACAAAAUGGCACCGCAAAUGCCGCUUUUUACGACCAGAGGCUGGCCAUCGAGUGGGUCAAGCAGAACAUCAAAAAGUUUGGAGGCGACCCGAACAGAAUCACAUUGAUCGGAGAGUCUGCAGGUGGUGGCUCUAUCAUGCAUCAGAUCACAGCAUUCGGAGGCCAGAAGCCAAUUGCUUUCCAGCAAGCAAUCCUACAAAGUCCAGGCUUCCAACCAUACGUCAGCACUGUUGAGCAAGAAAAAGUCUACAACGCCUAUCUGAAACUUCUGAACGUGUCCACGAUCGAGGAAGCUCGGAAACUUCCAUACGAGACCCUCCAGACCGCAAACAUCAUCCAAGUCGGCACAUCAUCAUACGGACAAUUCACCUACGGUCCCGUUGUCGACGGCAUCUUCACCCCACAGCUCCCAGGCCAGCUCCUGGCCAAAGGCCAGUUCGCCAAAGACGUAAACGUCAUGGUCGGCCACAACGCCGACGAAGGCCUCCUCUUCACAUCACCCUACAGUCAAAACGACACCACCUAUUACGCCCAGCUGCAAAUCUUCCUUCCAACCCUCCCCAGCUUCCCCCAAAUCGCAAAGUACCUGGGAAACGUCCUCUACCCAAGCUCCAACUACCCCGACCAAAUCGCUCGCAUCUCAAACGCGCUUUCGGAAGCUGUUUUCACUUGUAACACCUUUUUCCUCGACAAGGCUUACCAAAACCGCACCCACUCCUAUCAAUUCGCUGUUCCACCCGCUCUGCAUGGAAAUGACAUCGCUUACACGUUCUAUAAUGGUGAAAGCCUCACUUCGCCCGACACUGCGAUUGUUUUGCAGGAGUAUAUCACAAAUUUUGCGAUGACUGGCGACCCGAAUGGACCUGGAGUCCCGAGUUUCCCGGUUUUUGGAAGGAAUGCGAGUAUGAAUGUGCUGAAUGUUACGGGAGUUACGCAGGUGGUUGAUGAUUCUGCGAAUUCGAGGUGUGAGUGGUGGCAGCAGGCGCUGUAUUAUUGA